CAUUUGCUGGAAGUCCCCUUUUUAUUCACUUUCACUUUUAGUUCACAGCUCUGUCGUCUCAGCAGGACACAAAAGCAGACAGACGACAUACUUCUGGUAACUGCUUCUCUGCAAUGGCAACGCUGUACAUAUCACAGGCCGCCAAGGACAAGGUGGAUGAAUUCAGAAACCAUCUUUGUCUGGAGGCUGAUAAACUGGUCUCAGCAGGAUUUCCCAAGAAGAUAUCUGAGUUGGACCAGUUCCUAAGUACUCCAGAACUGAAUAUUUCUGACCUCAAAACACUUCGAGCCGAACUAGAUAUUCCAAUACCAGACCCAGAGAAAGAAAAGGAGAAAGAGAAGAAAAAGAAGGAUGACAAGAAGAAAGAUGAUGACGAGGAGGAGAAAGGUCCUCCCUGUGGACCCAUCGCUUGCAAUGAUAAAAUCACAAAUCUACAAAGCAAAAUCAGGAAUGAAAUACAAGAAUCGAAAGAAAACCUGAAUUUGGUUUCUCUUUGGCUGCAGCUCCAGAUUCCUCAGAUUGAAGAUGGAAAUAACUUUGGAGUUGCGGUUCAGGAGAAAGUGUUUGAACUAAUGACAAACCUAAGGACAAAAUUAGACGCCUCCCAAACCCAGAUAGCAAAAUACCUUUCUGAUCGAGGUGAUGCUGUGGCCAAGGCAGCAAAAAGUCCUCAUGUGGGUGAUUACCGUGCUCUAGUCCAUCAGCUUGAUGAAUCCCAAUACUUAGAGCUACGGAUAACAGCCCGGGAGAUAAGGAACUUCUAUGCCACUCUUUACGAUAUUAUCAGUAAGAAUUAUGCCAAGAUUAAGAGACCUCGUGGAGAUGCCAAGCAACUCAUCUACUAACUGCUUCAUAAUCCAAUGGAUUACUGGACGACUCCAAUCCAUAUCUUAGUUAUGACCUUCCUGUAUUUUCGCAACCUCUUUACGUUAAUAAAAUUCUGACAACCAGG